AUGGAGGCUGAAAAGGAGCGCUUUCCUAGACUAAGGCAAGUUCUGCUUCUCUUUGUUAUGCUGUCUCAGACUUGGGCGGAGCAGAAAGCUUAUACUGUAGCGGAAGAAAUGGAGAGCGGUUCUUUUGUGGCCAAUCUAGCAAAGGACCUAGGGCUAGGAAUAAGAGAGUUGUCCUGGCGGAAGGCUCAGGUAAUUUUUAACAAUAAUAAAAAACAUUUUCAGCUGAACCUUCAAACUGGCGAUCUGCAAGUCAAUGAAAGACUCGAUCGGGAAGAACUAUGUGGCUCCACUGAGCCUUGUGUGCUGCAUUUCCAGGUGUUACUGAAAGAACCUUUGGAGGUGUAUAGGUUUAAACUUUUCGUCAGUGACAUAAAUGACAAUUCCCCUGUGUUCCCAGAGGCAGAAAUGAUUUUGAAAAUCAUGGAAAAUACUCCUCCAGGAACUGUGUUUCCCUUGAAAAAUGCACAAGACUUAGAUGUAGGCGUUAAUAACAUUCAAAACUACACGAUCUACCCCAGCUCCCAUUUCCAUGUUCUCACCCGCAAUGAUGGUGAAGGCAGAAAAUACCCUGAACUAGUUCUGGACAAAGCCCUCGAUAGAGAAGAGCAGUCUGAGCUCAGGUUAACUCUCACAGCAGUGGACGGUGGAGCUCCUCCCAAAAGUGGGACCGCCCUGGUCCUCAUUGAUAUCUUGGAUAUCAAUGACAAUGCCCCUGAGUUUGCCCAGCCACUCUAUCAAGUUCAGAUAUCAGAAAAUAGUCCGCUGGAAUCCGUUGUUGCCACUGUUUCCGCUAGAGAUUUAGACAUGGGAAUAAAUGGCAAAAUAUUUUACUCGUUUUUUUAUAAUGAUGAAGAGAUCUCCAAGACAUUUGCACUUAAUGAACUAACAGGAGAAAUUAAACUAAUUAGGAAAUUAGAUUUUGAAAAAAUUGUGUCAUAUAAGGUGGAUAUUAAAGCCUCUGAUGGGAAAGGUCUUUCAGGAAAAUGCACUGUCCUGAUACAGGUGGUGGAUAUCAACGAUAACGCCCCAGAACUGACCAUAGUAUCGGUCCUAAACCCCAUCCCUGAAAAUUCCCCUGAGACCACGGUAGCUCUUUUUAGUAUUCAAGAUCCAGACUCUGGGGAAAAUGGAAGGAUGAUUUGCUCAAUUCAGCAUGAUGUUCCCUUCAUGCUGGAACCUUCAGUUGAGAAUUUCUACAGGCUGGUAACAGAGGGAGCGCUAGACAGAGAACUUAGAGCUGAGUAUAAUAUCACCAUCACAGUCACUGACUUAGGAACACCUAGGCUGAAAACUGAACAAAACAUAACAGUGCUGGUCUCCGAUGUCAAUGACAACGCCCCCGCCUUCACCCAAACCUCCUACACCCUGUUCGUCCGCGAAAACAACAGCCCCGCCCUGCACAUAGGCACCAUCAGCCUCACCGUCUACUUGGUCAUCGCCUUGGCCUCGGUGUCGUCGCUCUUCCUGUUCUCGGUGGUGCUGUUCGUGGCGGUGAGGCUGUGCAGGAGGAACAGGGCAGCAUCUGCGGGUCUCUGCUCUGUGCCUGAGGGCCACUUUCUGGGCAACCUGGCGGACCUCAGAGGCACCAGAACUCUGUCCCAGAGCUACCAGUAUGAGGUUUGUCUGACAGGCGAUCAGGGGACCAGCGAAUUCAAGUUUCUGAAGUCUGUUACACCCAACCAUCACGGUGCUGUGAAUGAGGUGGAGGAAAAAUCCAACUUUGUAAAUGGUUUUGGAUUUGAUUUGAAAUCUUUUGACUUUUCAGAGCAUUCAGGAUAA